CCUACUCGUCGCCGACUUAUAAGACCUAUAGGACGCCUUUCUUUCAGUUUAUUUUUAAAUGCGUCCGAUAACUAACGUUUCUAAUUAGUGAUUAGUCACUCGUCAAUUUAAGUCAGCUUUAACUUGUAGCACGUUUAGUUGAAAUUAAAAGCUGUUGAUUACAUAAUUACUUAUCUAAAAAAUUUAAAAUCUUUCCUUCAAAUUACCCUAAAGCAACAUUUUUUCUUUUAAGUGUAGGAUUGAAAAAAAAACGUUAAUUUGCCUUUCUGAAACUGUGUAAAUAAAAAAUUUUAACCAUGAGACCUGGACCUGGACAGUAUCAAAUCUGCAACGCUCUCUUGAGGCAAUAUGAUCCGAAGAUCUUGGACUUUUACAAAGCGGAGAUGGCGUAUGGAGUAGAACGGUUCUUCCUGCUGACUUACUGUCUGGCUUGCUGCUGGUCCGGUGCCCGGGGCAAGGACAGCCUGCGGAUACUACGGGGCUGGGCCGAGCUGGACUUCGAGUUCCCAAGCGAUGCUGACAGGGACAUCGCCAUGAGCCGAAGGUUCUACGUUCCCGGUGCCUCCGUGCCGAUUGAUGUUGAUAUGAAUUAUAGACCUCCACCUCAGAAGUCUCGUAUGUUCGUGACGAUCCCGCGCUUCGACGAGGGGCGGCCGGUGACGUUGGGCGUGGCGGAGGACGACGGCAAGAUCUCCCCCUACCCCGACUACUCCUGGCACGACAACCAGGGCUCCAACUGCGACGGCAUGACAUCCGUCUUCAGAGUCGCUAUAGACAAAUGCAAUCGUCUCUGGGUGAUGGACGCGGGCAAGAUCGGGGACACGGCGCGGUGUCCACCGCAGCUGCUGGCUUUCGACUUGGACACCGACCGCCUCGUGUUCCGACACAAAAUCGAUAAAGCCCAGACACCUACGUCUCUGUUUAUUACUCCCGUGGUUGAUGUGCGGGAAUCUUGCGGUGACACAUACGUGUACGUGGCCGACGUGACGGGCUACGGACUGCUGGUGGUGGACGUGAUGCGGAACCGCUCCUGGCGCGUCACCCACCGCCUCUUCUACCCCUUCCCGUCGUACGGAACGUUCACUAUUGAUGGCGAGAGUUUCGACCUGAUGGACGGCGUGAUCGGCAUGGCGCUAUCUCCCUACAAGAAGGGCUACGAGCGCUACCUGUACUUCCACUCGCUCGCGUCCACCACCGAGAACGUGGUGCGGACCAGCGUCAUCCGCAACGCCUCCUUCAUAAUGGACUCUAAUGCUGAUCCUAAUUCCAUUAACGUUUUCCCCGGCCGUCGGCCCAUCCAAUCCGCGGCGGAAGCGAUGGACAGCAACGGCAUCCUCUAUUUCGGCAUGAUGGAUCCACCGAGCAUCUGGUGCUGGAACUCCCGCACCGAGUACACCCCUGAUAACUUCCACCAGAUCGCCGUAAACCAGGAGACUCUUCAGUUCGCGAGCGGCGUCAAAAUCGUCACCAACUUGAAGAAUCAGGAGGAGCUCUGGAUUCUGACGUCGAGCUUCCAGCGAGUGAUGACUGGUUCCAUGAGCUCCGAUAGAGUCAACUACAGGAUACACGCUGAAAAGGUCUCCAAUCUGGUGGAUAAGUGCUUGAACCACCCAAAGCACCAGGGCCCGGACUACCAUGCGGAUCGAAUAUCCCCCAUCAUCACGAAUCCUUUGGUGUUCAAGUAUGGCGCUGCGUCGUAUCUCUAGAGAUACAGGCGUUGGCCGACCAUUUACUGAACAACAUCAUGUGGUACGACUGGUCAUAUAGGAAUAACGACCGCACUUAGAGAGAUUUAAUGUUUACUUAACUUUAAUUUAAUGAAUGUUUGUCAGCAAAUACGAAUUUAUGACAAAAUCUUCAUUAAAUUAAAUAAUAAUUGUUGAGUGUCAGUAAGUUCGGCCGUAAGUAUUAAUUAUAAAACCUGUACAAUAAUGAGAUUUAGUACAACUAGUAUUAAGUUAGCUUAGACCAUAUCUAUUUGUAUUUUUAUAUCUUUAAAGUUUC